AUGCCGUUGAACUUCAGCACAAACAAACCGCUCAGUGUACAUUCUAUGAAUACUGGGAAAUUUUGCCGCAUCUGUCUUUUCACAAAAAGACUAGUUGACGUUCUGAAAAUGGAUGAGGCCAAUAUUGAAAAGUGGUUUGAGCGUGUCAAAGAAUAUUUUCAAGUCAGUAUGUCGCGCCACGAUAACAAGUCAACAUAUUUAUGUCGUUACUGUAUGCAAAUAAUUGAAGAUCGGAUUGACGAACAAAAUACUGUCAUGAAAAACCAACGCAUCAUCGGUUUUUUGGAUGAAAUGUCUCAAAAAAACGUGGUAAAAUCAAUCCAACAAGAAGAUGGUCAAUAA